UCCCGUGUAAGAAAAGCGGCGUUAGCGGAGCAAGGGAGAAAGGAGUUUCGGCGAAAGGGGGGUAGGGUGUUGUGAAAUGCAAGGAAAGAUGCAGUGGUGGUGUGGCUCGCAGGCGAAUCAGGACCAGUUUCAGGUCUGCACUCACGUCAUACCCACGUUUGCUACGUGCUGUCGACAAGUCACAAGAAGAAGAUAAAGAGGACGAAGAGGAGGAACAGCGCGUGUUUCUUGACUUAAGAUUAAGGGUUUCGAGAGAAGGACCAUGGUCCGGUACGUGGUCACCAGCCUUUUGUUGCUCGGUGCGGUGACCUUCAGCAGAGGGCAGUUUAGGUGCCCGGAAGCGAAGGGCUUCUUCCCGGAUCCGGAACAGUGCGAUCUCUAUUACGCCUGCGUGGAUGGUAAGGCGGAAGAGAAACUGUGCAAGGACGGUCUCGUCUUCAGGGACGACAACCCUAAGAAGGAGUUCUGUGAUCUGCCGGCUAAUGUUCCUUGCGGAGAUAGAACUCUUCUUCAGGAGCCACAGCCAAGCAAAGGAUGUCCCCGAGCGAACGGCUACUUCAAACACGAGGACCCAACAGCGUGCGAUCGUUUCGUGAAUUGUAUCGAUGGCGUCCCUCAAAUAAUGCCUUGUCCUCCGAGUUUGAUCUACGAGGACAAGGUUUCUAGCUGCGUCUGGCCGGCAGAUGCGACGAGAUUAUGCGAGAACGUGAGAAGAGACGUUUUGGAUGAUGGCUUCGUGUGUCCCGAAGGAGAUGUGUCUGGUCCUCUUGGUAGAAUCUUACCGCAUCCUACUUAUCCGCAUCCGGAGGACUGCGCCAAGUUUUAUAUUUGUAAAAAUGGCGUCGCACCGCAGAAGGGACAGUGCGAAGCUGGGACCGUUUAUAGCGAGGAUAGCUUCAGGUGUACUGAUCCGGAAAAUGUACCUGGAUGCGAGGACUACUACAAGAACAAAAACUGAGAACAAAGACAAGGUGCCAGUUACUCAGCGAUACGUUUGUAACGCUUAAUUAUUAUUAUUUUUUUUUUUUUAUUACACUUAAGAACAAUAAACCCGCGAUUCACUUACGUAAAUGGGUGGCUUUUGCAUACUCCUCCACGAUAAUUAUACCUUUCUCCUUAUGUAAACGGAUAUUACGCUCAGGAAAUUUAUAGCGUCGACAAUUUUGUUGCCGUUUGUUGUAACGGGGAAAUCAAUAGUCGCCACUUAACAUGUAACGGGGAGAGAUUUAAAUGGUAUCCGAAAGGUCCGCAGCGUUCACAUUUCUUUCCUUUUCUAUCAAUAAUUUCGACUGUAAAAUACGAUACUUCAAUUUUGUCUGUAAAAUAAAAAAUUGAUACGUA